AUGGUGUCUUCGUCCGAGCAAACGAUUCUAGUAAUAGGUGCAAACAGCUACACUGCUCUGCAUAUCAUCAACGAACUCUUACAAAGCGACUACCGAGUCAGAGGCGCUGUACGAUCACAGAAUGUCAGUGACAAAGUUCGCGAAACGUUCCCCAGCUACUGGUGUUCUCGGUUAGAAAUCGCAAUCGUGACCGAUAUUACGGACUCUGAAAAGUAUAAUGAUGCCCUCGACGAUACGAUCACAGCUGUCAUCCGUACCGCUAGCCCUGUGCAUGGCGUUGGUCAAGACAACAUUCGGGACAUGCUGAACCCUGCCAUUCAAGGUGCAAUCGCCACCCUGGAUGCAGUAUCGUGGUUGACUUCGUUCUCAUGCCGAAGAGUUGUUCACUUGUUCUCGUUCUCGGCCAUGUUGAACCCUGCUCAGGGCUUUCGACAGGGCUACGCGUAUUCGGAGAAAGAUUUCAAUCUGAUCACAUCCGAUGAGGCAGCGGCAAUAGAGAACCGCAGCGAACUGUACAUCGCUUCCAAGUCUCUUUCAGAACGCGCGGUAUGGGAUUGGUUCAGCCAGAAUAAGCGGAGCUUUGAUCUCGUUUGCAUCAAUCCUUCUAUGAUCCUAGGGCCGCACCUGGGUCGAAUUGGAUCAACACAAACAACAUCGACCGGCGCUAUGCUAUGGGCAAUCGUUGAUGCCAUAUCUAUGCCAGCACUUAUAUUUGGUGGCUGUGUCGACGCUGGUGACUGUGCUGCGAUCACCAGGGCAGCUAUUGAGACACCCGAGACAAGCGGCCAGAGAUAUCUCGUUGCUCACCACUUUGACUGGCAGGCCGCAGCGGACAUAGCGAGAGAGCACCAUUCAGAGCCUGCAAGUCGCAUUCCGAUUGGUGAGCCUGGGUCUAGGAAAUCGAAGGCCGACGAACGCAUCUAUCAGUUCCUAACUGCAGAGAAGCGGGAGCACAAUUGA